AUGACAGAAGAGAAGAAGAUGAUCUUCUUGAGAAGAAAUGACGGUAAUACAUUUGAAUUCACAAAAGAGGCUGUCAUGCAAUGUGAACCUAUCAAGAACAUCAUAGAGGAUGGGUGCACCACUAGUGAGAAAGGUAUCCCACUUCCUAAUAUUUCCAACGAGACUCUUUCGAAGGUAAUCGAGUACCUCAAUCACCAUAUGAAGGAUGACAAGGGAAAGGGGAAAGCGGGAGAGGAAGAGAAUAAGAAGACUGAGUGGGAACUCAUUGAGUGGGAUGAGAAAUUUUUUAGCAUUGAUCUGCAAACCCUCAUUGAUAUCACUCUAGCAGCAAAUUACCUGAAUGUCAAGAGCUUAUUUGACAAGACUUGCAUGACUAUUGCCAAUCACAUCAAGGAUUGGAGUGCCGAAGAGGUUUGGAAGGCUUUCGAAAUUCAAAAUGAUUUUUCGCCUGAAGAAGAGGAGCAAGUGAAGAUGGAAAACCAGUGGGCUUUUUAA